CACUCAGUGCUCUCUGAGUGUGCUGUAGCUGCCUGCAUUCCGAGCACUGAAGAGGCGGAGAGGAGCUUUGUACAGCUCUGCCUGUCUGCAGUAUUCACCCCCCUUCACAAACAGACACAGAGAGAUAAAGUUCUGAGUUGUAAAUGAAGAGAUAGUCGAGACUAUGAGCUCCCAGAUGACAAACCUCCUUGACAAAACUGUGGAAGACACUCUGCAAUCAUACACUAGAGACAAUGUUGCCUCUGUGCCAGACAAAAAGCUCAGAAAUGAAGAUUCUGGAAGAGGGAAAAUAUUCAAGGCACGUGCUUCACUGCUGGAUGAACUGAUGGAGGUGGAACACUUUCGCACUAUUUAUAACAUGUUUACUGCAGCAUUUUGCGUCUUUAUCAGCACUGUGGCUGUGGAUUCUAUUGACCAGGGCAGAUUGGUUUUAGAGUUUGAUUUGUUUUUUUACUCAUUUGGACAGCCUAGUACCGUGGUAUGGUCAUGGACCUGUCUCUUUAUCUACACUCUCUUGGUGCCCUACAAAACCUUGCACCUCUGGGGAUCUCGCUUUUCCAAGUCAAAACAUCCAUUCCUGCUGUCUGCAUCUGUAAUCAGCAUUUUUGGUAUCUGUCAGUUUUGUGUAUUGGGUAUUUUUCCAACAUACAUUGUGCUACAUUACAAACUUCCUCCAGCAUCCACCAUGAUAGUGACCUUAGAACAGGUUCGUUUUCUGAUGAAGAGCUACUCCUUUUUACGAGAGACUGUUCCAUCUGUGAUUCGGAAAGAGAGGAAUCCGGACCAGCUUCCCAAGCUUUCAAGUUAUCUCUAUUUUCUAUUCUGCCCAACGCUAAUAUAUAGAGACAGCUACCCAAGAACCUCUUAUAUCAGAUGGAAUUAUGUGGUUAAGAAUUUUGCUCAGUUCCUGGGUGGUCUGUUUUUUAUGUCUUUCACCUAUGUCACAUUGUGGAUUCCUGUCUUCACUAAUGUGAGCAAGCAGCCAUUGAACAAAAGGACUAUGGUGCUAUCUGUUUUCCAUGCUACCUUACCUGGCACCUUUAUUCUACUGAGUUCGUUCUUUGCCAUACUGCACUGCUGGUUAAAUGCCUUUGCAGAGAUGUUGCGCUUUGCAGAUCGUAUGUUCUACAAGGAUUGGUGGAAUUCAAAAUCAUUUUCAAAUUAUUACCGCACAUGGAAUGUCGUUAUCUAUGAUUGGUUGUAUUAUUAUGUUUAUCAAGACAUUCUAUGGCUGUGUAAUCGUCGGUUCCGCACAGGAGCAAUGCUGGCUGUAUUCUUCAUGUCGGCCAUCGUACACGAAUAUGCCUUAACGUUGUCACUUGGUUAUUUCUACCCGGUCAUGUUUUGCUUGUUUGCCAUCUUUGGAGUCGUCUUCAACUUCUUCAUUAAUGAUAAUCUUACAAGCCCAUUGUGGAACGUGGUGGUUUGGACCUUCCUGUUUAUUGGCCAGGGUAUCCAGUUGUGUCUAUACUGUCAGGAGUGGUACGCACAAAAACACUGCCCUCUCACUGAGAAAACAUUCUGGGGAUUGGUGACUCCUCGUUCUUGGUCAUGUCAGAUAUAGUUAAUUAAGAUUGGACUGUUUAGCGUUCUGUGAAACGUUGAACACAUAUGUGUUGCAUUGGAAAUUCUGUAAUACUACAUGGCUAAAUAUGGAUGUAUGUGGCUACAGCAUCCUUAUCCUCUAGAUGUAAUCUGUACUGUUGUAGAAACCAAGCAAGCAACAUUGUCCAGAUUUCUAUGUGACUAUUUCUAUGGACUUUGAAGAGACUUUGAGUUUGUCUGACACCAGAGUGCUGUCAUUUACACAGAAUGCAGAGUUACAGAGUUGUUCUGCUUCAUGGCCGCAUACCUCAUGGAACCUGGUACUACCAGGAAUUAUAUGAAAUAACAAUGUACCAUAUUACAAUGUAUCUGAAACAAAUGUCUUAAUAGAAUAACUGGCUGAUCUACACAAACAAACUGAUGUUAAUUAGACUUCUAAUUUUUCUUCCUAAGCCAAAAGUGUUGGUUCUGUAAUGGAGAUUGUGUUGCUGUUGGAUAUAAAGGCUUAUUCAUCUAGAAAUCAUUAUGUACACCUGUCCAGAACCCUUUAAGGUGGGCAGUUGGCACAACUGAUAAUGGCUAUCCCCCUAAUUUCUCCAAGUUCAUGUUGUGCUCUUCUUUCCCAGUCUCUCUUCCUUCUAAUUAUUUUUUAUAUGAUGUUUGGGCCUCAUAUUGCUAGUGGAACAAAUGCCCCCACUGUUCAUGGAUAAAGAAGAAAUUGACUACAACACUACAAGUCUAUUAUAAAGUAGGUUAACCAAAGCGCAGUAAGACUCUGUACUCUGUAUCUUCUGUUUAUUCUAAUUAAAUAAUUUCUCACUCUCUCUGUUGAUAAGUAUUGCCAUGAGUUUAUCUAGCUAGCAUCAACCAGCAAACAAUAAUAACAUGCUCUUUCUAUACAUCAUUACUUGUAUGGUGAAUUGUUAUGCUGUUAAUUGCAUGUAUAUUAAGAUUAUGUUAUGCCAUUUCAUUAGGAGCCAUUUUAAUAACAAAUUGUGUUCACAUUAACUCAGUCUAAAUGUAUAAAACAAAGUGCAUAUAUUGGCCAAUUAAAGGACUGUGGUGCAAUAAA